UCAACUAACUGUCAAUUCAACCUUCUUCAAGUUUCCCCUAUAUCUUCCUCGCCACAUUCAACAAUCCCGCACAUGCUUGAGGGACAAAACUUGCCAUCUUUGAGCAAGAGGCACAUGGACUAGAUUCAAUUGCGGUCGUCGUAUCUGGUUGAUGGAACUGAGUUGUUGCAAACCGAAGCUUGUGAACAAGGACACGCAGUUGUGCAGUUGGGAGAACGAGGGGAGGAGCAUGGCGGUCGUGAAAGACAUGUCUAAAGUGGUUCCGCUGGAGGACCUGGCUGGCCGAGGGAGCAGACUCGAUGCCCAGAUGGGAGAUCGACGCGUUUCUCUAGCCCAUGAGGCAGUUGGCAAGGUCAGGGCAGAGGUCGAUAAGUUGUCUGAGAAGGUUGUCUCAUUGGAGAUGGAUCUUCGUGGUGGAAGCUGGGUAGACGACAAGGAAUUCGUUGCCUUGACAGAGUUGCUAAUGGUGAAGUUGCUCGAAUUGGACUCGAUCGAGGCUGAUGGAGAAGCAAGAGUUGAAAGGCGGAUCGAGGUAUGUCGAGUACAGAGCAUUGUGGAAAUGCUCGACAAUCUAAAGGCGAGAAACUCUGACCCCUUGAGCGGAACCAGAAAUGCUACAGCAGCCGGCACCAAGAGCGAGCAGAUCGAGUCACGAAUCAGCAUCGUAAAUGCCGAAGGCAGCUUGCAAUCUUCAACAAGAGUCACUCUGGACUGGGAAUUGUUUGACUAAGUGAACUGAUCGGUCGAUAUUUAUCUACGUGCAAAGUGAAGAGAAAAUUGAGCACAACAUACCCAGGAUUUAGAUUAUGCUUUUGGUCUCUAAAGUUGCCUCAUCUUAUCUUCCUAAAUAGGGGCCGAGUCGCUUCCCUCCCGUCUGUAUGUUCCGUUCACAAGAAAACGAAGCAUCUUCCUUUUGUUUCGAUCA